AUGGCCGAAGGUGUGCUGUCACUUCUUUACAAGAAGGGGGACGCAACAGACCUUGGCAACUGGCGGCCGUUGACCAUGCUGUGCGUAGAUUAUAAGCUGCUUGCGAAGGUUCUAGCGGACCGGUUGUGCACAGCCCUUCCCUACGUCGUCCAUGAGGAUCAGACGUGUGGGAUAGAGGGCCGCUCUAUUAGGUGGAACCUGAGUUUGAUUAGGGACUCCAUCGCUUGGGUAGAGGAUAGAGGGCUGCCGUUAAUGGUAGCAGCACUUGAUCAGGCUAAAGCCUUUGAUCGAGUUAAUAUAUAUUUUCUUUUCAGGGUGUUAGGUAGGUUAGGUUUUGGGGAGAAGUAUAUAGGGUGGAUCCAUGCUUUAUAUGUCGGAGCAGGGUGCCGGGUUAAUGUAAACGGUCACAUGGGUGACGUUUUUGACCUCGCAUCAGGGGUCAGGCAGGGGUGCCCGCUCUCGGCACUCCUCUUUGUUCUGUACAUAGAGCCUCUGGGGGCUGCCAUUAGGGCAGACACAGGGGUGGAGGGCUUGCUUAUCCCUGGGAGCUGUGGGCUGCACGUUAAGAUGACGCAGUACGCCGACGACACUUCCUUGUUACUAUGCAAGGACUCGUGCCUGACUAGGUCCCUUGCCAUCAUUGGGGAAUUCACCCGAGCGUCGGGAGCGGUUCUCAAUCAUGCUAAGUCUUCCGUUAAGUUUUUUGGAAGAUGGCGUGAGAGGACGGAUGUGCCUGGGGGGGGGUUAUCUCUCUAUCUCGAUCUGUAUCGGGGCCCUGAAGAUUCUCUGGGUCUUGUUUGAGACCUCUGCCUCAGCGACGCUGAACUGGAACAGGAGGAUCGCAGUGGUACAGAGGAAGCUGGGGAUGUGGAGGGCUAGGUCGUUGUCCUUUAUAGGCAAGGUCCUGGUCCUCAACGUGGAUGUGUUGCCGUCUCUUUUGUAUAUGGCGUAUGUCUACCCAUUGCCAGCUAGUCUGAGGAGGCCUCUAGUGAGGCUAGUGUUUCAGUUCAUGUGGGGUGGCAGGCUCGAGCGUGUCGCGAGGGUUCGCAUGCUCUGUCCCAUCGGGGAGGGAGGUAGGGGGGUACCACAUUUCCCCCUCAAGCUGGACUCGAUUUUUGUUUCUUAUUUGUUGACUGAGCUGGCUCAUCCGGUAAUACACCUGUCUGGUUACUUCCUGCGGGUGUUCUUCUCUUACCAGGCGAGAAGCGUAAUGGUGUGGACUAACACGGGUCCUCGGGUGGAACAGCUGCAGUGGCACUUUGGCUAUGCGGCCAAGUGGCUGCGUGGUCACCCCAAGGUUGAAGUUGCCAGAGUAGGUUUAGAUCACAGGCACCUGUACAAGGAGGUGAGAUGGGGAGGGUGUCCCGGGCCAGUAUUGGGUAUCCCGGCUGUGGUUUGGGAAGGAGUGCAGGUGCGAGGUCUGGAUAACAGGCUCAAGGACCUGAAUUGGUUGAGCCUCCAUAAGGGCUUGCCCGUACGUUCCAUCUUGUACGGGCGUGGCAUGACUCGAUCCCCCACCUGCCCAAGGCCAACUUGUGGCGGGGAGGAGACAUUGCGCCAUGUUUUUUGGGGCUGUGCUUUCGCCGGGGUGGUAUGGGCUAGGGCACAGCUGAUAGGCAGGGUGAGGGGGGAUUUUGUUGUGAUGUGGGCUAGGGUAGAAAGAGUUGUAGGGAAAGCGAGGGGGACGGUUAGGGACAGGUUUCUGCUCUGGCUUCUCAUAAGCCUCUUUAAACGGGGGUUGUGGGAAGCUAGGUAG